CUUGAUGUAUCGGUUGCGGAUCUGGGUCAUGCGAUUGCUAUGGCUACGUAAGUUGGCAACAAAAUUUCCUACCAAGCCGCUUUAGAUUUGUUAGGCGUUUACGCUUGUAGUAAAUUGAAGGAAUAUAACGCGAUGAUGUACAACUCCAUUAAUCUACUGACGUCUCGAAUGUCAAUGCUAUCGUUGUUUAUUUCUAAGGCAUCGAGCGUAGUGCACCACGUCAGUACAACUCUACUCACGUAACUACUGUCAAAUAUUGCGUUUAGCUUGCAUCGGCGAGGCUGUCUGUCAGGGGGCUUCUAGCAUGGAACUUGCUUUAGACGAGGCAGAGGCGGCUUUCCUUCAGGAUGUACUCGCCGGCGUGGAAGCUGCCCCUGUUACUAGUGUUGGGUCGACGGCGCGCUCAUCGCAGGAUGUCGAAACCCGACUUCCCACGGUUGGACCCUGGGCCCCGUCGUUUGGCGCCACACCCCUCGUACAUCCAAAGCACGAGAGCCCGGCGAUGCCCGCCUCCUGUCCUGCGUACAAUUCUGCCCUUCUGCUUAGACCUGCCGGGGCGCCGCUCCUUGCCAAUGCCACGGGGCUUGGCCCGGCACCUGUGCCCAGCAGCGCCAGCGGGCAUCCUGACACGUUCAGCAGCCCAUUGCCAACAAUACUGCAAUCAACGGAACAAGAUGCCCUCCCAGCCCAUCCCAACCGACAUCAGGCCCCAUACCACAUGCGUCAGCAGCAGCAACAACAGGGCACAGCAGCAGCAGUACCAGCAACAGCUCAAACCGCGGCCCACUCAUCACCACCACACCCUCCCCCGGCUCGCCUUCCAAGCUACUCACACAGUGACGCUGGCAGCAGCACCAGCGCUGUAAGCAGCACCAGCAGCAGCACUGGCAGGACAAGCGGUGGCGGCGGCGCAGUGGGCUCGGCUGCGACCCCUGCGGCAAAGCCAAGGCCCAAUCCAGCCCCUUCCCAGGCAGCCCGGGCGGUUAGUUCGUCCUCAUCCGUUAGUAGGCGCUCCUCAGCCGUGGCCCCGUUGGCUUCUACUGCCACCAACACAGCGGGCGGCAGUGGCAGCUGCAGCAGCAGCACGGCCGCUCGAAUGUCGGUGCUCUGCCCGGGCAUGCGCGACCGGAGCAUAAGUGGCCGCAGCAAUGGCGCUGCCAGCAUUGCACGCAGGACGUCUAUGAAGACAAUGCAGACGGCGUGUCUUAACCCAACCCCGACAACAACCUCCCCUGCAGUGGUUGCCGUCCCCACGCAGCCCACCAGCCAUUGCCGCCCCACAUCCCAGCCUGCCUCACGACGCGCCCGGGAGCUGCUGCAAGAUGUGCAGCAGCUGGAAGCCAGGUUGCAAGAGCUGCUGCUGACGACUACGAUGCCGGCAGCAGCGGCAACCGCUUCACCGGAAUCGCAGCACCCUAGUUGUUUAGGCGCGGGAUCUGGGUCGGGCUGCAUGUCGCAUGACCGACAUGACGUGGCAGCGGUUCUAGCGGCGGCGGAGCGGCUGUGUCGGAGCUACAACGGCUGCGCGGUUGCGAUGAUGGAGGCGGGGCGGGACGAGGAGGCACGGCAGCAGCUGGAUAAGGCAAUGCUGCUGGCGGGGCCGGGGGGGCCGCUGCAGGGCCGACCGGAUAAGCAGCGGGAGCUGCAGGUUUUAGCGCUGAACAACCUGGCUUGCUACCACCGCCGGCUGCAGCAGCCUGCUAAGGCCCUGGAGCAUCUUCAACGCGCCGCGGGCCUGGAGACGGCAGCAGCAGCAGCAGCAGCAAAUGCCGCAGCUAGCCUCGACAGCGGAGGCGAUGCACGUAACGGGGAAGACGUGGGUGACUCUACACAUGGGGGCGCAUCCACGUGCGGAUCUAGCAGCGGGGCCAGCGGGUUAGGUGCCGUACACGCGUGUGUGCCGGGUCCUACAGCGGCCACACUGCUUAACAUGGCUGCAUGUUGCAGCAGCCUAGGGCAGCACGGGCCGGCACUGUCCUAUGCGUCGCAGGCUGUACUGGCGGCGGCGCGGGAGCUGCAGGUGUCGCUAGCGUCGCUAGAGAAGCUGCUGCUGCAGGGGCUGCCACAGGCGCAGCUGCUGGAGGCGUUGCCACAGCUGCGGCGGGCCGACCCAGGGGUCACCUCGCAGCUCGCAAUGGCCUACUACAACCGUGCGGUGGAGCAGGAGCACCUGCAGCAGUGGCACCCGGCGCAUGCAUCCUACCAGCUAGCUGUGAACGUGUCCAGUCGCUUUGCUGGCAGGGCAGCAGGCGUCACCCUCACCAUGCAGCAGUCAGCGGAGGCUUUCCGCGUGCGCCUCCGUCGGUUAGAGCGACAGGGCAAGCUGCCCCAAGCGCGCGGCGGAUCUACAUGCACAGGCGCAGCUAGCUCCCGCGCAUUCACGCCCUGCACCAGCAUCACAAGCCACACAAGCAGCAGCCCUAGCCGUGCCCGCUGUAGCAGCAGCGGCGGCGGCGGCGCUGCCACUUCUGUCAACCCAGGCUCCACAACCCAGGCUCCUUCUAGCUACGGAAUCACCGCCAGCCCCAGCCCCUCUUCAGGGACCUCCAAGAGCAGCCCAGGCAGUCAUCAGCCCCAGCAGCAGCAACCACCGCAGCCCCAGCCAGCGCUGCGACCCCUGCGCUCAGCAUCCGGCUCCGUAACCACCUCCGCGGCCUCCAGUCCCGGCGGUGCUGUUCUCCGUCGCCCUGCAGGACCCCUACCCGCACUCAACCGACACAGCUCCAUGCCCGCGGACAACCGCGCUCCGCCGCCUGUGAUGCCGCAUGUAGCAGAGCAUGUCAACUGCAUACCAAGGACCCAGGCUGGCACACUGACCGCAGCCGUAGCCACAGCGGCUAGAGGCUCCCAAAGUGUGGCAGCCGCAGCUGCUACCGUUGCAGCAGAGAGGACGCCUGCGCGAGUCGCGACGCCGGCAGGGUCCCGAGGUGGUGCUGCACCGGGGCCUCCACCGCCACAUCCCCCAUUGGAGCACGGUCGUGCUCCGUCACAGGGGUCCGCAACCUCACUCCCAGCCACUCUCCAGGCACAACGCGAGCCGCCGGCACCCGCCGCAUCAUUGGGUUUAGGAAAGAAUGCGGCCAUGGCGGUUCCCGGGCCCCAAUUCAGCUGGAGUAGUGGCAGCAACAGCAGCGGCAGCGUCGGACGGUGGGAGAAUCUCCUCGUUGCAGAUUCGGAAAGUGCUGUUACAGAUGCAGCUCCCAGCUCCGCAGCAGCUGGCUAUGACUGCAGGGAGGGACCAAGGGCGGGUGAUCAAGGCGGCGAGGGAGAGGGCCUUUGCGGCAGCGGAAGCCUUGUGGCUGCUGUGGCCGCGGCUGCCGCAGCAGAGGCUGCGGCAGCUGACCUAGCUAGUGCGUGGGAGGCAGAAGAGGAUGGAGAUUGGGUUGGUGCGAAGGGCCCUCGUGCACGGGAAGCUGCUGCGCAGCGACGGCCACAGUGUGGAAACGGUGGAGGCAUGGUGGCACACGCUGCUAGCUCAGCGAGAAGUACACUAGUAGCGCCAUCGCUGCCUUUGAAGGCGCCGGUGAUGCCUGCGGUGACAGGGGGUGAUCAAGACCGCAGCAAGGCGGCUGCCCAUGGGAAUAGUAGCAACAGCAGUACUACUAGCAGCUUGCGACCCGCGGCAGCAGCGCCGUGGAAUGGCGGCGGUAGAAUGCUUGCUCCGAAGCGGGAUGGCGUUGCAGUUUAGUGUUUGUAUGUGAGACGCGAGACAUGCGUUUCACGGAACGCAGCGGGGCUGUCUUACGUGAGGAACUACGCCGAAAGCGUUAGCUAAUCAAUAGAAGGUUCCUUGCGAAUCUGUGUAAACAGGCAUGACAGCCAAGUUUUGUAACCUUUAAUGCGUGCUGAGCUUCAUGCUGAGCUUCGGUGGUUAUCCGUACAAACAGUUCUGGGCCACAGCUUAGUGCAUGGUCUCAAUUGGUGGCAAGGCGGCAUUCAUUAUUCAUACUUAUUUUACAUUCGCUACUUGAUCACAUCAAGUAUAAUUACAACCUUAGCGCCGAAGGGAAUCUGAUUUUGCAAUAUCGCACCUGAACUGAACGCUCGUUGCUGCAAAACCUAUCCCUCUGUCUUAAAAUGCCAAUCCCGGUGACUAUAACAAACCCAAAUGGAAAGGGACUUGCAGCAGCGGUGACAUCGGAGCUGCCUACCGAUGGUCCAUUCGCGCGCUUAAAAGCCGCGGCCAGCAAGCAGCCGCAGUGUGUCCAGGAGGAGCCACCGCGCCCCCCAUCUGAUGCAACCGAUCAGCCAGUUGCGAGCACUAGCGCACCGGCAGGGACGGUUGCCAGCGUAGAGGUUCGCGGCCUCAACUUCGCCUAUCCUGGCUUAGACGGCCGACCCAUACCCGGCCUCCCGCCCUUGCUGCGAGACCUCUCCUUCAGCCUGCCCCCGGGCUCCACCUGCCUACUCCUGGGAGCCAACGGCGCCGGCAAGACCACUUUCCUCAAGAUCCUAGGCGGCAAGCACAUGAUCUCAGAAGAUGCCGUACGCAUACUCGGCCGGCCGCCCUUCCACGACACGCAGCUAACCGUCAGCGGUGAUCUGUCGUACAUUGGCGGCAACUGGCAGCGCGACAUUGCGUUCGCGGGCACCAGCAUUCCACUCACGGGCGACUUCCCCGCGUCGCGCAUGAUUGACUCCAUCCCUGGAGUGGAUCCCCAACGCAAGGCCCGGCUGAUCAAGGUGUUGGACAUUGACCCCAGCUGGCGCAUGCACACGGUUUCGGAGGGCCAGCGCCGACGAGUGCAGAUCUGUGUGGGUCUGCUGAAACCCUUCAAGGUGCUGUUGCUGGACGAGAUUACGGUGGACCUAGACGUGUUAGGGCGAGCCGACCUGAUGCGCUUCCUGAAGGAGGAGUGCGCGACCCGUGGGUCAACCAUCAUCUACGCCACUCACAUCUUUGACGGCCUCGAGUUCUGGCCCUCGCACGUCGCCUACCUGGCUAACGGUCAGCUACAGCUCUUCAAGGAGGCCAAAGACGUUCCGGAGCUGGCGCAGGGGCGGUUGCUGGCGCUUGUGUUCCGACUGCUUGAGGAGGACAGGCAGGCGCAGCUGGCGGCACGCGGGCCGCGGCCGGUGGAUUGGAACCCCAGUCGCGAGGGCGACGUGGGCAGCUUCUCCUACGCCUUCAACAACGGCUGGGUGCCGGGCACGUUGUGCUCCUCGCUGAGCACCAAUGCGGUGAUGCGGCAGUGAGGGGGCGGGCGGCUGCUGACGUGGAGGGAAGCGGGCGGUGGUGGUGAUGGUAUGAAUGUGGGAGUUGUGGGCUCAAGUGGAGCCGGUCUUGUAACGGUUGCAUGUCGGCGCGAAUGGAGGAUGGUUGUUGGUCGACAGCAUUACGAGAAGUAAGCCAGUUGGGCCAGGGGACCAUCCGUGACGAGAAGCAUUUUUCAAUUAAACUGGAUGUUUACAACCACCCAGUUAAUGGGCAACCACCAACACCACAACCGUCAACACCCGGCCACCAAACAAUUCCAUCGUACACCCUGCAUUGCAAGGGUUCACACCUUGCCGUACCUGCUGCUUGUCGGCCACCCUAACAGCACCCAUAGACGCAAGAAGCGAUCCCUCAAACAGCGCCCGCCAACACGGCUUCAAGUGAUACAAGCGUCUGCCACAUUCGCACCCUGGUGGCGCUACAUAUGUGUGGCUACUAGCGCCGGGACGUGGCAUAAAUGAAAUAGGACUUACGAAGGUUCCCAACUCAGUCAAAUAACGCAGAACAACGAACAUAUGCAAACUCAGGCAACAUCUCUGCACAGUUAUUUUGAGGUUAUGCAAGGGUAUGCACUUCAUCAGCCGCAGCAACCCCAAACCUCUCGCAAACCUCCAGCAUCCGUUGGGUACAGCUGUUUCCAGCCCACGCCAGGAGACCAAAUACAAAACGGGGAGAAACACGUGCAGCUAGGCGCUACAAGCCAGAGACGAGCUGGCUCCUCUCUUUCCCCAACA